AUCUAAUCCACUUUGUCUUGUCGGAGUACACAUAAUUUUAUCUUCGCCCAGUAGAAGCUCCUGCUAGCUGAUAUUGCUUCUCUCGGAGUAGCCAAUCGAAAUCUGCAGGAAGAUAUUUCCUCAUAUGAACAAUUUGCAACAGGAUCGGCCAUGGAUAACGGGGACACACUGGAUUUGCGCGUAAGAUUCAUACUGAAAGAGCUGUGCGAUGACCAUGUUAAAGUAGUAUGUCUUGUUGGGAAACCAGGAAUAGGGAAAACAUGGACGGCGAAAAAGGUUCAUGAUAUUGUAAAGCAAGAAAGUCAGUUUGAUUUAUGUUUUUGGCUGUCUAUGAGCAGAAAACAUGACAAGGAAUCUCCGCUUGAGAGGAUUGCUGCUCAGCUGCCUAUAUGUCUUCCAACUGAGGAGUGGGAUGCGGAUGACGAUGGUGAUGACGAUGAGUAUGAGGAGAUGCAGGCGGAAGCUAAUCUGAAAAAGAAAAUAUCAGCAGCUACUGAUAAGAAGAGGUGUCUUCUAAUCUUGGAUGGAUUUUGUAAGGGAGUGGAAGUAUAUGAAACUGUAUCAGAAUUUGAAUCCUUGGUUCCUGAUUUUAAGCAGCCUUCAUUUAAAGUCUUGGUGACCACCAUAGAUUACUCUGGAAAACCUAAUGGUCCUUACGCGAAGGUGUUGGAGAUUGAACCCUUGUCUGCUACAGAGACCAUCAAUCUUUUGCAAGAAAAGGUUAGAGAUCCAGAUUUUAAACUGCUAUUUAGAGGUAUCCAUGAAGAAAGUGAGGGUAAUCCUGCUAAGAUUGAGGCUAUGGCAGAAGCAUUAAAUUAUAUUAUGGAAUAUAAACAUCGGGCUUCGAGAGAAAAGUUUGGAGCAGUCGCAACAAUUACUGAUGCCUCUAGCAUUAUUCCUUGUUUUCUCCAAAUUGCACAUGCAGUUAUGCCAACCAAUGAUCUAAUUCAUUGUUUCUGGCACAGCUGGCAGUACAUUCACAUGAAUGGUCCUGUUAAUUUCACUCAAUUGAUAGCCCACUGGAUUAUGGAAGGUUGUCUUGGUCCUAUUGAUUGUAUUGAGGAUGCUUUUAAGAAGGGUUACUCGGUUCUCGUGGACCUUAUAAAUCUAGGCUUUCUCAGACAUGUGGAGUCCAACUGUGUUGUAAUGGUGGGAUGUGCAAUGAAACUGCCUUGUUGGUGGAUACGAGGUUUAGAAGAUUAUCUGAUUUAUGAAAAGAACAGAGAUGGAGGACAUUAUUCAGGUACGGAUUUCCAAAGAUUUAUAGAUACAGAGAGCUGUUCUAUGAUUCCUGCUUUGGAGGACAAAAUGUGGGAAGGAUUUGGGGACAUUGCAGUAAUUGAUGGUGUAAUAAGAACGGUUGGAUAUAGCAGCAAAUCAGAGAAAAUCUCAACAUUAUUGCUUGACGGUAAUUGUCUAGGCAAGGAAGACCCGGAUGCAUUCUUUCAUCGCCUGAAUGGUCUCAGUGUUCUUGGCAUCUUCAAUCCCAUGCUCAAAUCUCUGCCAGCAUCCUUUUCACACAUGCAAGAGCUUACAAUGCUUAUCUUACGGGGCUGUGAGUUUCUGGAGAAUAUUAAUCAGAUACAAGGACUCAAAUCAUUAGUUACUCUCGAGAUAUCUGGUGCUAUAUCAUUGACAACAAUUCCAGAUGAUUUUUUGCAGCAUAUGCUUCAACUCCAAAGUCUCAACUUCUGUGGAGCACGGGUUGAAAGGUUACCUAUUUCUAUUUCCAACUUAACUGAAUUACGCUGGCUUAUCUUGAGAGGAUGUCGCCACCUGAAAAUGCUUCCACGACUAAGUGCCUUGAAAAAGCUUGAGGUCAUUGACCUUAAUGGUGCUUCAUGUUUUGAAAAAUUCUAUGAUAAAACCUUUUAUCAGUUACCAAAACUCAAGAUCCUUGAUGUUUCUCAUUCGCAGAUUGAUCGCCUACCAAUUCUAUCUGGUCUCGAAGAGCUAACACAGCUUGUCUUGAGAAAUUGUAAAUCCUUAACUAGACUUUCAAGGAUAAAAGGGCUUUCUAAUCUCCAAGUUCUUGAUCUUUCUGGUGCUAUUUGUUUAAAAGAGAUCUAUGAUGACAUUUCACCUAGUCUUAAAGUUCUUGAUUUAUCUAAAACUGACUUGUAUGCCUACCCUUCUAUCACUUGCAACAUUUCUCAUAUUUUGCUAAGAAAUUGUACUAGACUGACAAAGCUGCCAAGUACAGAAGCUUGUAGAGACCUUGAAUUUCUUGAUGUUUCUGGUUCCUCUAAUGUAGUUGAAAUUGAAGAUCAAUCCUUUCAACAUUUGGGGUGCCUUCGUUGCCUAAACCUCUCAGAUACCGAAGUUCGGUCUUUACCAUCACUCUCCCACCUUCCUAACCUUCACACUAUCAUUUUAAGGGAAUGCAAAUUCUUAGAGCAUCUCCCAGAAAUGGAAGGACUUGCAAGGCUUGAGGUACUUGACCUCACUAAUGCACGUUCUCUGACAGGUUUUGAUUACAGCCAGUUCCCAAAUAUGCGCCAGCUUAUCCUACGUGGUUGUUCCUCCCUUAGCCGGUUGCCAGCUGUCCCCAAAAAUCUGGAAGUGAUUGAUCUUUCAGGUUGCACUGAUUUGUCAUUACAUGGUGAGUAUUCCCAUACUCUUUUGGGUUUGUCUCAACUUCGGAUACUAAGACUUUGUGGAAUUCGGGAUGUUUACUUUCCCAUUAUAGGGUCUCUAUCAAAUCUUGAGGAGCUCAAUAUUUCUAAUAUAAGAUAUCCUCCUCUUGGAAAACUUUAUUUGAUGAGUGAUUUACUUAGUUAUAUGAGGAACCUUCGGAUUCUCAACCUGUCUAAAACUCCUAUUUACAUAGAUGUCUUCUUCCUAACUAACUUAACCCAGUUGUCGUUGAGAGGGUGGUCACACAUAGAAGACACGUCAGGCUUGGAAAAGCUCACAAGGCUUGAAGUUCUUGAUCUUUCUGAAACACCAGUCAAACGCCUUCCUUCCCUGAAGUUCUUAUGCAAUCUCUGCCGGCUCUUGCUAAGAGAUUGUUGGUGCCUGAAGAAGCUGCAGCAUUUGGAAUCACUUAGUCACUUGGAGGUUCUUGAUCUCUGGGGUACUGGGAUAAAAGAAUUUCCAUAUGAGAUCUCAGAUUUGCCUUGCCUUAAACAACUUCAUCUCCCCCUCCUGGAGGAUACUGAAGAGCUUGAUUGGAGGAGGAUAAAGCGCCUUCCAGAGGAGCUAAAUUGGGUUGAUUGUGGCAUCUUUGGGGCGGCAAAAGUAUUUCCAUUGGGUGUAAGUAAUCUCCACAUAAUGGUUCAUGGCAGCAAGUUUUUUGAAUUUUUGGACAAAAAUCCCAUAUUGUGGGAUAAGUACUUCAAGCAAUUUCAUUUCUCUGUUUUUCCUCCAAGAAAGCAUGGUGAAGAUGGAGAUUUCUUUAGCCACAGAGAUGAAGCGAAAUAUAGAGAUAUUUACACAAGGACCAGAUGUUUUCCUAGUUACUUGGAAAUCCACAGGCAGUCUUUGGAAAUUCGGUCUUGCUGUCCUUUCCUCGGUCUGGAGGGUGUUCUCAAGCGUGCUCAAUAUAUCUGUUUGCGAGAUAAUGCAAAUAUCAGUUGGUUAUCUGAAUUAGGUGCAAAAAAUAUCAGCGCAAUGAGAGGCUGUUGCAUAGAGAGAUGCUCUAACAUGGAGAGUGUUUUCAGUAGAGAAGAGGAAGCUGUUGGAGUGUCAAACAAAAUUGAGACUCUGCAGAUUCUUAACCUCCCUAAUCUGAAGAGUAUAUGCAACAAUAAUUUACAAGUUGAGAGAUUCAGAAAUCUUAAGCAUCUGUAUCUAGAAUGUUGUCCGCUACUGGAAAUUGUUUUCUCCUUGUCCCGACAACCAAUGAAUCUUCGGACUCUUGAGAUUAGGUUUUGUGAUAAUCUCAAACGUGUAUUUGAGUUUGAUGGAACAACAGUGUCUUCAAUGAAACAUCUAAGGACUCUGCAUUUGUUUGAGCUGCCGGAGUUGAAAAGCAUUGGAGCUGCGUUGCCUUCUCUUGAAAGAUUAACAGGGGGAGAAUGCCCAAAACUUGAUGUCUUUUUUACAUGCUUCUUUAUUUUUGUUUGGGCAAUACAAAACUGGAGUAUGACCCUAAUUUCUGCAGUUGAGGAACAAUCUGAUGACAGUCAGGCCUGUCUUGGUUUGCCGAAGUUCCCUCCACGAAUAAAACACAUAGCCUCUCAGAAAACAAAUGAAAUUACACAGGAAUGAAGACUUCCAGAAAUUUGAGAAAUAACUCCAGGUACCAUGGUUUCUUUGGAUGGUGAGAAGCGGUCCGAUUUGGAGCUUUAUAUUUUCUCGUUUCUGGUGUUGGCUUCUUUACUAUGUUGCUUACUUUGUGAAGAAUAUGCUCUGGUUUGCUGGAUUGUGAAAAUGAUUUGUUGUUCGUGAUCUUCGCUCUGGAUGUAAGAUUGAAUAACAUGUUGAUAAGAUUUCAAGUGAAAAUUGCUUGUUCGAUUUAAGCUCAAGCUUUUUUACAUAAAGAUGAGAUGAUUAUAUAGUCUGGUGAAGAAGCUGCUCUAUUUGGUAUUAAAUUUGCUUCAUAAUCUGCUACUGAGGGUGCAUAUAUGGAGUGCAGGCUUGUUGGAGUUUCGCUGUGAAGGGUUUUGGUUAGCAAAACGGAUCUGUCUGUUUUUGUUUAUAUAAAAAAGAUCCAUUAUCGUCUUCAUCCAGAAGAAGCUCCAACCGAAAUCUACAGGAAGAUACUUCCUCAUACGAACAUUUUGCAACAGGAUCAGCCAUGACUAACGAGGACACACUGGGUUCUCGCUUACAAUCCAUACCGAAGGAGCUGUGCGAUGACCAUGUUAAAGUAGUGUGUCUUGUUGGGAAACCAGGAAUAGGGAAAACAUGGACGGCAAAAAAGGUUCAUGAUAUUGUAAAGCAACAAGGUCAGUUUGAUUUAUGUUUUUGGCUGUCUAUGAGCAGAAAACAUGACAAGGAAUCUCCGCUUGAGAGGAUUGCUGCUCAGUUGCCUAUAUGUCUGCCAACUGAGGAGUGGGAUGAGGAUAACGAUGGUGAUGACGAUGACGAUGAGGAUGAGGAGAUGCAGAAAGAAGGGUAUCUGAAACAGAAAAUAUCAACAGCUAUUGGUACGAAGAGGUGUCUUUUAAUCUUGGAUGGAGUUUUAAAGGGAAGGAAAGUAGAUGAUAUUGUAUCAGAAUUUGAAUCCUUGAUUCCUGAUUUUAAGCAGCCUUCAUUUAAAGUCUUAGUCACCACCACAGAUUACUCUGGAAAUCUUAUUGGUCCUUACUUGAAGGUGGUAGAGAUGGAACCCUUGUCUGCAGCAGACACCUUCACUCUUUUGCAAAAACAAGUCAAAAAUCCAGAUUUUAAACUACUAUUUGAAGAUAUCUACAAGGAAAGCGAGGGUGCUCCUGCUAAAAUUGAGGCUAUGGCAGAAGCAUUAAAUUACAUCACGGAAUAUAAACAUCGGGCUAUUAGAGAAGAGUUAGUAGUAGACUCGGCAAUUACUGAUGCCUCCAGCAUUAUACCUUGCUUUCUCCGAAUUGCACAUGCAAUUAUGCCAACCAAUGAUCUGAUUUAUUGUUUCUGGCACAGCUGGCAGUACAUUCACAUGAAUGGUCCUGUUAAUUUCACUCGAUUGAUAGCCCACUGGAUUAUGGAGGGUUGUCUUGGUGGUAUUAAUUGUAUUGAGGAUGCUUUUAAGAAGGGUUACUCUGUUCUCCUGGAGCUUAUAAAUCUACGCUUUCUCAAACAUAUGAAGUCCAACUGCGUUGUAAUGGUGGGAUGUGCAAUGAAAGUGCCUUAUUGGUGGAUCAAA